CGCGCCAGUCGCUGCUAAAGAAACUCAUUAAAUGAAAAGUCAGAAGAAAACUCUGGUUCAGAUCUCAAACUAUAGCAUUGUGAGAUCGUGCUAUCCGAGUCUUUUCACAGUAGCAUUCGGGUUAGGUUUGAAGUCGGAUUCCAUAAAAAAAUGGAGUACAGAAUGCGGCCGAUGCCGUUCAGACGAUCUCUUCUGACCGGACAGGAGAAGACUUCUCCAGUUAGCACCUUCGCUAUAAAAGAAAUGGAGUAAAAAGAUUGCGUGGGGAAUACAAAAAUGGAAUUCCCUUAUUAUUGCUCCUCUACUUUCCUUUCUCUUGAAUAGAGGGAGAGGUUUCUUUCUGCCUGCUGUUUCUUCUCGAAGCGGGCAAUCUCGAAGGAAGAGGGAAGAAGCGGGCAAUCUCGAAGGAAGAGGGCAAACCCUGCUGAGAAUGAACAGUUUUAUUGGUCGGCUUGUUUGGAAACUUGGUCGAAGAUUUGAAAGGUAGGUGAUCAAUAAUUUCAGAGGUAUGUUGGUGCUCAUCUUCGGAUGUAAAGUUUGGCGACUCUGCACGAGCUCCGAGUAGUUUUCUGCUUCUACUGCUGAUCAAUUCCAAGUUAGGAGGAGACGAUUGACUCGGCUGCAUUGGUCUGAGUUUGAGCUAUCUGGUUCAUCUCCGAGAUAACUGCUCCGGCAGGAGAAAUUGCCAGAAAAGAACACAAUGGUGGAGCCGAUUUCCAUCUCAAUAACAGCGCUUUCUUUGAUCAAGGGGAUAGUCAAAGCCAUCAAUGCGGUGAAGCAGACAAUCGAUAGCUUCAACACCGAGUAUGAUAAGUUGAAGAUAAAUUUAGAGGAUUUGAUUCCUCGAAUUGAAUCCGUCAAGCAGUUCGAUGAGGAAAUCGCCGAUCUGAGCAAGAAUGACAGGCUAACGGUCCAAAGACGGACCGAUAUGGCCAAUUUGGUGAAGCAAUUGAACGAUUGUCGGAAACUGGUUGACAAAUGCACGCGUCUGUCAUUUUGGAAGUACCACAAGAUCGACUUCUACACUGAGAAACUGAAGGCCUGCAACGAAAGCCUGAACGGUUUCGUAACAAGGGUGAUGGUGGCCGACAUAUGGGAAAUGACGAUGACGAACAGGAGAGUGAAGUACGAUUGUUCUGUACCGGAGCCACCAAAGUUCACCGUGGGAUGGACGGAGCCCGUGGGAGAGUUGAAGCAGAAACUGUUGCAGGAAGAACUUCCGGUCAUCGGAAUCUGUGGUGCCGGAGGCUAUGGCAAAUCCACUCUGGCAAAAAAGCUAUGUGAGCAAGUCAAAGGCAGAUUUAAAACGAUCAGCUACAUAAGUAUUCCAAGAUCGCCAGACUCUCCCACAGAAAAGAAAGAAGUAGAGCCGCUGGAUUGGAUAGCCAUGUUCAAUAAACUAUGGGAUGACUUGGUAGGCGGUCCAAAGCCAGAAUUUGGGAGCGCAGAUGGUGCACGUGAGCAGCUGAAGCAGUGUCUGAACAAGAGAAAGACGCAGGGGAAGGGCAUGCUGGUGGUCUUGGAUGGUGUAUGGUCUGAUAGCAUGCUGGAGAGGCUUGUCAUCGGAACGCCUGGUCUGAAAACUCUUGUCACGUCUCGGGUGAAACUUAAUGGUGUGAACUGGAGCUAUCCCGUCCAGCAGCUGAGCAUGAAAGAUGCCAUGGACUUGUUCCGUCAUCAUGCCCUCUUGCACGGACCAACUUCUGAGUAUGUGGACAAGGAACUGGUGGAACAGAUAGUGGAAGGCUGCAAUUGUCAACCGCUAGCUCUUGAACUGAUAGGAGCGUCACUGAAGAACAAAGAGAUCAGCGAAUGGAGAACCAAAGCAGAAAGUCUUCAGAAGGGACAGAUUUUUGAUGAGUAUGAGAAGAUUCUGUGGCCGCUCUACACCAGCCUAGAGGACUUGACUUCAACCGAACGUGAGUGCUUUAUGGACCUAAGCUCCUUUCCUAACAAUAUAAGGAUCCGGGCAGCUGCUCUUAUGGACAUGUGGGUUCAUACUCGUGGCCAAAAUGAAGACGGUGCCCGACCUUACAAUAUUUUGAAGAAGCUUGCUGAUCGGCAUCUGAUUGAGCUUUUCAAGAGGACAAGGAACGAGACUACGGAUCUUGACAAGAGCUUCGGUGAUCUCUUUGUCGUCCAGCAUGAUCUUUUGAAUGAAUUAGCUGUAUAUGUUUCUAGAAAAGAAAUGCCAAAUAAGAGGCUCACAGUCAAGCAAGGAGAUGCCUUUCGGGACCCAGGAAAAGAGAAGGAUUUGAUAUCAUUUCCACAAAUUGUCUCCAUUUAUACUGGUGAAAGUAUAAACUUUGAGAGGAUUGAUGUGCCAUUCCCUCAUGCUGAAGUGCUUAUUUUAUGCUUUUCCAGCAAUUUUUAUUGUCUGCCUCGAUUUGUGAAUUGGAUGGCAAAUCUCAAAGUUUUGAUUAUUGCGAAUCACAGCAUGGCUGCCGCAGUGUUAAGCGGACUGCUACCAUCUGGUUCUCUAAAAUCUCUCAGGACAGUGAGAUUAGAAAAGAUAUUACUACCUAUUCCUUGUACCUUGAUGGAGCCUUUCAAGGGAGUGCAGAAGCUAUCAAUGAUCCUCUGCAAAGUCAAUGAAGCACUGGAGAUUUGUCCAGGAUCUGAUAUCCAAAUAAUGUUUCCAGACAUCACAGAGCUUGAAGUAGACUACUGCGAUGGAUUGGAGAAAUUGCCUACUGCAGUUUGCAACAUUGUCAAUCUGCAGGAGCUGAGCAUUACUAACUGUCCCGAUCUUUGUGAGUUGCCAGAGGAAAUCGGCAGGCUGAGCAAGUUAGAGGUCUUAAGAUUGUCUGCAUGCACAUCGCUGGAAAGUUUACCAGAUUCUUUUUCUAAACUAAGGAAACUUAGAUUUCUGGAUCUCUUCUGCUGUUCGCAUGUAAAAGAUCUUCCUAACAGCAUAGGCAAAUUACAUAGCUUAGAAAAAAUUGACUUCAGGGGAUGCUCUGCUAAUCUUCCUGAUACGGUAAUAAAUCUCGAGGGCCUUAGAGAUGUUAUAUGUGAUGAAGAUGUUAAAACUCUGUGGGAGAGUGUUAAGACCAAGUCCAGAAGGCCUAGGGUGCACGGAUGUAAGGAUCUCGUGAACUUAAAUUUUCUCAAAUAGAAAACUCAGAGUGACUAGACAAGGACACUACUUUUUUGCGUUGAAUGAAAAUGGGAAAUGUUGUAAUCAGUUUCUGUUUGUGUUCUUUCUUAUACAAAGGAUUGCAUGGACAUGAGACUGAGACUGGUAAUUUCUGUUUGUCAUGUGUAAAGUGGAGUUCAUUCUUUCUUUACGUUCUCCGCUUGAUAGACAAAUUGUAUCACCUUAACUCUUUUUUUGGGCAAUGCUGCAAUGCAGAUCCACCACUUGACGUAAACUCAA